AUUCUGAGAACUCAUAGUGCAGGCGAGAGAUAAAACAAGAGCUGGUUUCAGCGCUGGGAGCUACAGUAAGGGGCUGCCUAUGAAUCAUUCAUUCAGCCUCUCUCUGGUGGUUGAGAGGAGCUCGCUCAUCUAUAACGCUCCAUCUGAAGAGACACGUGAGGACGUCUCCCUUAUGGUGCUUCUCCAGCUCUGACUCGACUGCCUUCAUCUCUCAUUCUCCGGCGUGUUUACGCACCAGUUUUAGCUGGCCGGGCAGAGCUGGAGUGAAUGGACUGGCCACCCUGGCGCCAGGACCGAAAGAGUUUGGGAGCUAAAAGAGAAAUGCUUGAGGUGGGUCUGAUUGUGUAGUGUGCUGAUUACAAGAUAAAAAGCCACACAUGAAAAGACGGAAACAAGUCCCUGGACAGCGGCAUUGCCGAGAUGGAGGAACUUCCUGUUCCCCAGAACAUCAAAAUAAGCAACAUCACAUGCGACUCCUUUAAGAUCUUCUGGGAUAUGGACUCCAGGUCCAAGGAACGCAUCACGCACUACUUCAUCGACCUCAACAAGAAAGAAAACAAGAAUGCCAACAAGUUCAAACACAAGGACGUCCCCACUAAACUGGUAGCGAAAGCUGUUCCUUUGCCCAUGACAGUGCGAGGACACUGGUUCCUGAGUCCACGCACUGAAUACACUGUGGCCGUUCAGACCGCGUCCAAACAGGGUGAUGGAGACUACGCCGUCUCUGAAUGGAGCGAGAUCAUUGAAUUCUGUACAGCCGAUUAUUCCACUGUUCAUCUCACACAGUUACUGGAGAAAGCCGAGGUCAUUGCCGGCAGAAUGCUGCGGUUCUCUGUCUUUUAUCGAAACCAACACAAAGAGUACUUUGACCACACAAGGGAGGCCCAAAACAACAAGAUGUUGCCAUCAGUGAAGGACAACAGCGGUAGCCACGGUUCGCCCAUCAGCGGGAAACUCGAGGGCAUCUUCUUCAGCUGCAACACCGAGUUCAACACGGGCAAACCCCCACAGGACUCGCCAUACGGCCGUUACCGCUUCCAGCUACCAGCCGAGGAGCUCUUCAGCCCCAAGACAAACCUGUAUUUCGCUGACUUCUACUGCAUGUACACGGCCUAUCACUACGUCAUUCUGGUGAUCGCGCCGAAGGGCUCGUCUGGAGAUGAGUUCUGCAAGCUGCGCCUGCCAGCACUGGAUCUCGCCAACAACCGCUUCAUGACGUGCUCGGAAGAAGAAGAUGGCCAGCUGGUGUUCCACCACGCACAGGACCUUAUCCUGGAGGUCAUCUACACCGACCCCGUGGAUCUGAGCCUGGGCACGGUAGCUGAGAUCAGCGGCCACCAGCUCAUGAGCCUGUCCACAGUCAACGCCAAGAAGGAUCCCAGCUGCAAGACCUGCAACAUCAGCGUGGGACGCUAACCUAAGAACCUGAACCCUCCUGCUGCCUUGAACAGCACAGAAAAUCGCCUUCUCCUUUCGCCGUCCUCCUUACCCAUUAUCGAACUUAUCCAUCAUUCCUUCUGGUGUCUGUAAGGCUCCUCCGCAGCAUGUGUCUCACAGCUUUUUUUUUGUUUUGUUUACUAGCUUAUGGAUCUUGACCCAGGGUUUGGGUUAGCUAUGUUGUGCUCCUAUUUUUGUGCUCAAUCAAACUGCUUCUUUAAUCCUAUUGGCUAUCAGACCUUCCUGUUAGAAUGCAGAAUUGUAACCAAAGUUUACACAAAUGUAACACUAAAUGCUCAUCAAGUCACUCAAAUCUGUGAAUCGAGGCAGCCGUUCUUAUGAGGCAUUAUGAAUGUGAGGAUAUCAAGUGAGGUCUCUCAAAAAACGUGAUUGGACGUAUCUGUAGCAUGAUUGCAAACAUUUUUGGAAACGUUGACAUUAGCACUUCCAUAACUGUUCUUCAGCAGUGUUUCAUGCUAUCUAUUCCAACCCAUCCAGUAUACUGUGAUUUAGCAUAUAAUCAAUGUGAUAUGAUGUGUAGAUAGAAAAAUAUUUAUUUUUUAACUGAUGAAUAGAAAAUGGACAGGAUCAGAAGUGCACAAUACAGGACUUUGGUGAUAAAAAAAAAAUAUAUAUAUAUACUGUAUAAACCAAUGAAGUUACGUGCACUAUAGCUAGCAUUCAAAAGCUACAUUUGUCAUUGUGGAUGUGUACAGCAAAUAAAUUCUGGGACGACAUUAACAUGACAGAAUAACCACACCUGAUUGUAGCACAACUCAACAGUUUAGCUGGUUGGCAUGCAAAGACACUACACAAAGAUUGUAAUAGUUCAUUGCAGUAGAGCCGUCGGAAAGCAAAGAUAUUGAUUGUUUCGUUUCCAGAGAGUAGCUACUUGAGCAGAAUUGCACUUAAAGCGCUCAUCCGCUUCUCAUGAUCAUAUCUCCGCUUCGGGCUUCAGUAUUGUUUUUAAUGUAUGAUGUGAUUGGACAGUGUUCAUUUUAACCAAUAUAUCAUUUGCUCUUGAUGUAUAGGAGGAAAACUGUGCUCUGUGAUGACCACGUACCAUACUGUAACACGUUUUUGAGAAAAAUGGAUCUUUAGAAAUACAGUCCUUAGCUCUUCUGGGAGAAUCUUUUCAAUUCUGGGUGGUAUGUCUCAUUUUGUGCUCCCUUUUUAAUGCGAGAGACAAAUAUAUGAGAAAUAAACAAUUACGUUUUGUUGGCUCAUACAAUGCAUACAAUUAUGGUUUGUUUCUGCUGUUUUUUUAUGUUAAGGAACUCAUUGAAAUUUGCAUAAAACCAUUAUUUUAAGUGCUCUGAGUUGUUUUCUAUCUAGAGCGUUGCAUUAUUUGACAGUCUAGAGAUUUUGUCUAGCCCCAGAGAAUCAUGGAUCCUCAUUAGUGUGCACAAUGUCACUACGGUCCUAAUUAGAAUCAUAAACUAGCUUCAGACAAGAGCAAGAAAACAUUACAAUUGCAUACGAUUCGACUUUGGUUAAAAAUAAAAAUAAAAAUCUUCUCCAAAAAUAAAGUGCCAUGUUCCAUAAACAUAGAUGAAUACUCUAUUCUCUUUUGCCCUUUGAAAUCUGAAUGAGGUUUGUAUCGAUCUGUCUCGCUCUGUACACAGCACAGAGAUCGCACACGUUUGUGUUUGUUCUAGUAGUCACUGAAAGGCCUUGAUCGGUUCGGCCCAACCCACUGAGUCUAGGACUUCUAAUGUGGUCAGAAAACAUAUUAAAGUGCAUUUUAGCAUCAUUAUGGCACAAUUAUGUCAAAAGUAAAUCUCCAUUUGGUCCAAACAUUGGGUUCAACACUGAAAGGCAGAAAGAAUCUCUUUAACUCAGAUAGUCUGUGUGGUUUCCCGUUUGCUGAGCAGCACUUCCAGUAAGCGUAAUUUGGCUUUGAGACUUUUGUACUCCUGGUACUCCUCGGCCACGGGGAUUCUGUCAUCUUUUUGUGCGGUUCUUCAUUAUGUUGAUGGAGAGGGAGAGAAGUAAAUAAAGAAAAACAGAUACCGCAUGAAACAGAUGACUCUGUGAGAUUACACUACCAUUUAACCCUUGAGUUGCCUUACUGAAGCAGUUUUGUACAUCAGUGGAUAGCAGAAUAAAUGGAAAUGUAUUUUAUUUAAAAAACAAAAUCCAUAUAUUGUGUACUUGUUUAGUUUUUUCUUCCUGGUGGUAUUAUUUUGUGUAUCAUAGAUGUGCAUUAUGCUAACUAGGCUGGAACUAUUGUAAUCUUUAUUUUCCUUUUUCCUUCCUGUCCAUGUUCAAAAAGACAAAAGUAACUAAAUACCAUUAAAAUGUGUUAAUGCCA